AUGGCAAAAGCGGACGCAGUUCACUCGAACGAUGAAGCCCGCGCGGGGGUCGUGUUGGCGGUUGGCACGACCAAGGCGCUGGGAAAUGGGGGGAGGCAUGCGAUGGAUGUGAGGCUGGGGGAUUUGGUUAUCUAUACCAAGGGGAAGGGGAAGGAGGUGAGGGUUGAUAACGAUGAGUAUUUGCUUCUUGAUCGAGAUGAGUGA